AAACUCGCCCAGGGCUGACAGGAAGUCUAGUUCCCACGACCGCGCUCGCUUCCGGCGUCACUUCCCCCGCGACCUCCUUGGCCGGCAGAACAUGGCAGCGCUGAGCAAUGUCCGCUGGCUGACCCGAGCGGUGCUCGCCGCUCGGAACUCCGGAGCAUGGAGAGGUCUCGGAACAUCGGCUACAGCUCACGCUGCUUCACAGAGCCAGGCACAUGAUGUGAGGGUGGAGGGUGCCUUUCCUGUGACCAUGUUGCCUGGAGACGGCGUGGGGCCAGAGCUCAUGCAUGCUGUCAAGGAAGUGUUCAAGGUUGCUGCUGUCCCUGUGGAGUUCAAGGAACACCACCUGAGCGAGGUGCAGAAUAUGGCUUCGGAGGAGAAGCUGGAGCAGGUGCUGAGCUCCAUGAAGGAGAACAAAGUUGCCAUCAUUGGAAAGAUCUAUACCCCAAUGGAGUAUAAGGGUGAACUAGCCUCCUAUGAUAUGCAACUGAGGCGUAAGUUGGAUUUGUUUGCCAACGUGGUCCAUGUGAAGUCACUUCCAGGAUACAAGACUCGGCACAACAAUCUAGACUUGGUUAUCAUUCGAGAACAGACAGAAGGGGAGUAUAGCUCUCUGGAACAUGAGAGUGCAAAGGGAGUCAUUGAGUGCCUGAAGAUCGUCACUCGAACCAAGUCUCAGAGGAUUGCAAAGUUUGCAUUUGACUAUGCCACCAAGAAAGGGCGGAGCAAGGUCACAGCUGUUCAUAAAGCCAAUAUCAUGAAACUUGGGGAUGGGCUGUUCUUGCAGUGCUGUGAGGAAGUUGCUGAAUUGUACCCUAAAAUCAAGUUUGAAACAAUGAUCAUAGACAACUGCUGCAUGCAGCUGGUGCAGAAUCCUUACCAGUUUGAUGUGCUCGUGAUGCCCAAUCUCUAUGGGAACAUUAUUGACAAUCUGGCUGCUGGCCUUGUUGGGGGAGCUGGCGUGGUUCCUGGUGAAAGCUACAGUGCAGAGUAUGCAGUUUUUGAGACGGGCGCUCGGCACCCAUUUGCCCAGGCAGUGGGCAGGAAUAUAGCCAAUCCCACAGCCAUGCUGCUGUCGGCCUCCAACAUGCUGCGGCAUCUCAAUCUUGAGUAUCACUCCAGCAUGAUUGCAGAGGCAGUGAAGAAAGUGAUCAAAGUUGGCAAGGUACGGACUCGAGACAUGGGAGGCUACAGCACCACAACUGACUUCAUCAAAUCUGUCAUCAGCCAUCUGCACCCCCAUGGGGGCUAGAGCCCUUACUCCCUCCAACUUCAAAAGGAUGGACCAUGCUUCGUAUACAUCCCCUCAGUACAAUGGACCAGAAGAGAACAUCUAGACAGUAGACUAAUUGCUUUCUGGCAGAGGCUAGGUUGUCCUAUGGGCUGCUGUUAAGGGGACCUCACAGGGUGGGUUGUUGGGACAAGGCCCAAACUACAAGAUGACAACUUUUUCCCACAGGUUCGAACCUCAGAUAUGGGUGGUUAUGCCACAUGUCAUGACUUCACUGAAGCUGUUAUUGCUGCCCUGUCAUAAAUCAUACACAUGCCCAUGUGAAAAUAUUCAAUAAACAAACACACACAUGCUA